AUGGCAGCAGCAACAGCGUCCCGAAAAGCCGGGUCGUCGUCGUUCGUCCCCCGCGCGGUGUUCGAGGUGUCGCAGAACAUCACGCGGUCGUACUUCCUGGGCCACCACGCCGGCGCCCUCGGCACCAUGCGCCAGUCCCUGUCCAACGUCAGCCUGAUCCUCGAGUGCCGCGACAGCCGCGUGCCCCUCACCGGCGCCAACCCCCUGCUCGAGAAGGCCCUCGCCGGCCGCGACCGCAUCAUCGUCUACACCAAGUCCGACCUCUGCGCGCCCCAGGCGUCUAACCGCUGGGUCGAUCAGCAGAAGAAGCUCCUGUCUAGGUUUUACAAUAACGGCUCGCUGGGCGGUGAGCAGCAGCAGCAGGAAGAAGAGGAGGAGGACGAGUAUGGAGCUUAUGGUGGGAUGGGAGCAACGGAGAUGGGCUCGGGGAUGGGCACCGAAAUCUUGUUCACGGACACGGCGAAACCGCGCUCGAUCAAGAUGCUCCUGGCCGCGAUCAAGCAGCGCGCCGCGCACGCGGAGUCGCUGACGGGCCUGCGGGCGCUCGUCGUCGGGAUGCCGAACGCGGGGAAGUCGUCGCUGCUGAACGCGCUGCGGGCGGAGGGCAUGCGUCUGCCCAAGGCGGCCAAGACGGGCGCGAACCCGGGCGUGACGCGCAAGCUGAGCAUGCCGGUGCGCGUGAUGGCGGAGGACGCGGCGGCGGGGGUCGAGGGGGGGGCCUUCGUCGUCGACACCCCGGGCGUCUUCGUCCCCUACGUCAGCGACGUCGAGGCCAUGCUCAAGCUCGCGCUCGUCGGCUGCGUCAAGGACGGCAUCGUGCCCACCGAGACCGUCGCCGACUACCUGCUCUUCCGGCUCAACCUGCGCUCGCCCGAGCUGUACGGCGAGCUCAGCGCGCCGACCAACGACGUCGCCGAGUUCCUCGACAACGUCGCCACCCGCACGGGCAAGCUGCUCAAGGGCGGCGUCCCCAGCCGCACCCUGGCCGCCGACUGGGUCCUGCACCAGUGGCGCAACGGGAACCUCGGCCGUUUCGGGCUCGACGAUGUCACCGAGGCGAACCUGGCCGCGCUGAAGGCCAAGGCGCUGGCGGGCGAGGAGCACAUCAGUCUGAGCCAGGCCAAGAAGAGGGAAAAGGCGGCGCGGAAGGAGAGGCGUGCUGCGCAACGGAAAGCUAUGAGCGAGAGCUGA